AUGGAGGUGUCCAACGUGGAGUCUGACUUGGAGGAAUCCACAGCGGAAGACGACGUGGAAAUGGAGGUAGACCAGCCUCCGGGGAUCCCUCCUCGCAGGAAGCUGCGCCCCCGGGGGUGGUGGCUGAAGCCCCAGCACUUGCAGAGCAGGCUGGUGGUGCACGUGGAGGCGCCGCUGCUCGAGGCCAUCUUCGGCCCACGCAUGGCCUUCCUCGAGCUCUUCGAGAGGGUCAACGAGGUGCUUCUGGACGUCCGAGUGACAGACCCUGCCGCCGACGCCGAGAUUACCAUCUUCGGGCGCAGGAAGUACCAGGAGCGCGCCGAGUGGCUGCUGCAGGCCAUGGCCGACAGGCGCCGGGACAGGCGCUUUAGAGGCAUGGAAGUUCCAGCACUCGAGGAAGCCAUGAGCCUGCUGGAAGUGUACGAGAAUGAAGAAGGACAAAACUCCAACGAUUGCAAUGAAAAUUAA